AAUACUACCCCAUUGUAUUCUUGGACCAUCAUGUCGACGCGUUCCUACGACGACAUGGUGUGCGUGCGACCCGUUCAUAGGGCAACGGAACUGUACUGUACCGAUUGCCAGGCCACGGUCCGCGUACUUUCCGAUGACGACAGACGCUGCUCGGUAUGCGGUGCCGACUUGCAGACAUGUCCGUCAGCUCAAUCUGAUACAGUUCGCGAUGACGCAGACAACGACAUUACCUCGCUCAUGCACCGCCUUCUUGGGGCCUGGGGUAUCGAUCCCACCAGUUCGCCGACGCAACCUGCAUCCGACGACGCAGUGGCCAAAUUGAAUACCUUUGUGGCGGGCCAAUCUACCACCGUGGAAGUCGCGAUGGUGUCCAAGCGUAUCAAAGGCGAAGUCAUCCUCGUACCUGCCAACUUUGGUCCGUGCGAGUCCAUCGACGCGUCCGAGGUCGUUGUCGCCAGUCCCUUCCAUGGAGGUGCUCCCUUCACCAAUCCGUCCUCGCUUCGAAACAAGAUUGUACUGCUUGAGCGAGGGGUGUGCACAUUUGCCAGCAAAAUCCAGCGCGCCCAAGCCGCCGGCGCGGUCGCGGUGGUCGUGGUGCAGACUGCCGACGUGUGGCCGUACGCCAUGACGGACUCGUCGGGCGAAGGCACGUCGUUGUCUAUUCCAGCGUUUAUGAUCUCUAAAAAGCAAGGCCACGGAUUGGUGGAGUAUCUCAAGGCCAACCCAGACCACUCCCCCCAUCUCAUGUCCAUCCACGUCCGAAAGAAUGCUCGAGAAUGUGUCAUUUGCCAAGUGGAUAUUGACAUUGGCGUCCACGUCGUCCAGAUGCCGUGCCAGGUAGUACUACUAGUAGUACAUACUAGUGAUAGCCUGCCGUGGUGUAUGUAGCAUAUAUUUCAUCCCGACUGCCUCAAGCAAUGGCUGGAUAUUCGCAACAGCUGCCCCAUCUGCCGCACUGAGAUCCAGGCUAAGAACCCCGCUACUACUACUAGUAGUAGCACCGCUCAAAGCCGCGGCGACUUUCUAUGGAGCGACUGGAUGUCGUAAUAACCAUAAAAAUUCCCAAGUUGACCAUGGUGCUUUCAUUGACGC